AUGGCCAUUUAUGCUGACACUGUUAUCCCUCUGGUCGCUCUCGCUCCUCUACCUGCUGCACAUCGCCGUCGUCCGCCUCGACGUCCUGAGGAUACGCUCCCACCUGAGAUCGCCCUCAAGCCACCGCAUCGCCGCGCAGUCCCUCCUCGCCGCCGCACGCGUCAAGGCACUCGCCAACGUCAAGUUAAGAACGGUGGCGGUGGCCUUGAUAAGUUAGCUGAAGCUUUGAAAAAGUUGAUUGAAGGGGCUAUUAGUAGUGCUACUAGUAGUCUUGAAAAGAGGAGAAAGGAACUUUUGUGCGCUGAUAAAUACGACAAUGAGCAUCACAACAAGCAUUGUCAGACGCUUCUAGGGGAAAUUGAAAAAGAAAAGGAAUAUAAAGAUGAAGAUAAAAUAUCUAAGGCUAGAUCCAAGUAUGAUGACCAUUAUAAUGACGUUCAUUACCUUACUGAGGAUGCGAGAAAAGGAGCCUUAGGGGACAUUGAGGAGAGGCAGAAGACUCUUGAUAAGCUUAAAAAAGAUCUUGAGAAAUUUAUUGGCAAGGAAGAUAAGGUUAAUCCUGCAACAGAAAUUCUUAAAAAUCUCACUGACGGUUUAGAAAAGUUCCUUGGAUACCAAGAAACUUCCAAAGGCUACGAUGGUUCCGGCAUCGUGUACUCGGACCUUGACAGGCUCUGCGACGGGGUGAUGGCGUUUUUGCACGGGGUGCUUAAAGAUGUUUUUAAAAACCAGCCAUAUGAUGUUGGUAAAACAACGUUGAAUAGUGCUACUGAUGAUAUUAAGAAAGAAUUUUGGAAGGGCCAAGAAGGACUUAAGAAGGCUAUACAAAUGGUUACCGGGAGGCUGUCGUCGUAUAGCAUGACUCUAACGAAUUACAAUAAUAAGUUAACGGGACCAAUAAAUGUGUUAUUAAGGCAUGUUAAAGAAGGUACUUCAGAGGACAUUAGAAAAAUUCCGGACGCGGAAAAAAUAGAGAAGAUCACCGCUCAUGAAAUUGGAGAAAAGGUGAAAGAGAGUGUAUCACUGGCCAGCAGGUAUGCUGGUUACGGCGCACGUUUUGAGCAUGACAUUGCAAGACUCGGCAAACAAAUUAAGGAUCUUAACAAAGAUCUACAACUGAACAUUAAAUACGCUGGGGAAAAUGUGUCGUAUGAGACUAAGCGUCUUGAGAGGUUGGCCCAAAAGGAGGACUACGACUUAAAAGUUAUGGAGAAAGAAAUCACUGAAAUGGUUGCAAAGUGCGCUACCUGUGUGAAUGAUAGAAUAUGCAAAGAUGUCACAGAGUUCGUGAAGCUGCUGAAGGAUAAGGUUUCGGAAAUUCAGAGCAGACUUGACCAAAUUAACAGGAGCCUGUAUCAGUAUGUGAAUGAACUGCAGCAGUGGAUAAAGACGGCAGACAAGUCGGUGACUCAGGCAAAAAGUAAGGCGGAGGAAAUUGAGUUUGCGCUGCCCGGAGGAAGAAAUCGGGAUGUCAUUAAAGAUAUCGCAAAUCAGUUGAACGACAGGAGCGGUGUGCUUUGCAGAUAUAUAGAUGACGUUAAAAAGGAAAUAAAACAAAAAGUUACCGCCGCCCUCGAGGCCGUGAAAGAGAUGGACGCGCAGCUGAAGCAGGAUUUGCACGGGGUGAGGGAGGCGAUAAAAAGUAAGGUGGAUGCUAUUACGGAGAGGAUUGGGGAGCUAUAUGGAGUUGUUAAUGGAGGAGAGGAGACAAGCAAGGAUACAAUCUUUGAUGCUAUUAAUCUUAUUAGAGAAAGCGUUAAGGGUGUCGCGGGUGAGGUAUCUCGAAACAAAAAAACAGGCGUUACGGGUAUUGUAAGUCACGUAAAAUUUAAUUAUGCUUCGCAGUUCUAUACGAAUUUUCAGAGCGCUAUUGGGAAUAUGGUUGAUAAAUUGACGGGGAACGGGUUAGUGAAUAUAUAUAUUAAUGACUACGCAGGCGAUCCUUCGGGGAAGAAUGGGAAAGGUGCCACUGUUAAGGCAGCCAUUAGAAAUCACAUUGAAAGCAUCAUCGUUAAAAAUAAGCCUAACACAAAUGGCGAAAACGUGCACAUAAUUCUGCAGAGUGUCGAGAGAUAUCUUGAGGGAUACGCCGCGGCGGUUGAUCCUUCGAGCAAUGUUAACGCAAUAGCCGAGAAGGUCAAGCUUGAAGAUAAGGUGAAGUUAUUACCCCGUCUUGAUGAAGACACUAAUUUCAAGUUCGCCCUCAAGACUAUUCUCACCGCAGUGCACUGCACAACCCUGCGCGUUAAGGACGAUCUGGCAAAAUUCACUCACGGUGAUAACGGUUACAACUUCGGAAAGUGUUUGAACGCUGCGUCCACCACUGCUGAGGGGCUUGAGCAGAAGCUUGGCGAUGCACUUGGUAGAAAUGGUGGUCUCAGCUCCGGCCAACCAGGCACCGCCCAAGCCGUCGACACCGCGAUCAAGGCGGUGGGCACUGAGCUCGACGCGCAGUUGAAAAAUGGUACUGCCAGUAAAGUUGACAUACAAAACACUGGCGAAAAUGUUUUCCAAAAUUACAAAACUCACGUCAAACAAGAAAGCCUGACCAAGGCAGAGAGUAACAUCGACCAGCUUGAAGGCGCCCUUCCAGAGAAGAUCAAGGAGAUUAAGACCUAUGCUGAAUCCGGGUUUAGCGUAGACCCGACCAGAGAAGCUCUCGCUAAUUGGUCCACAGAUAUCACAUCCAAUCUCGAGUCCCUAAGAUCUGAGUUGUCAGCGUCUGGCAAAGCCCUAAAGGAGCAAUUAAAAACUUUUAAAGAUACGAUUUCAAAAGAUAAUCCAGGCAAGGAGGGCCUCCAAAAAAUUCAGAAGCAAAUCAGCGACCUUCAAAAACAACUUGAAAAAGGUCCGCUCAAGUUGGCCGACGAUUUCUUAAAAGGCGUCGACCCAUCACGUAAUAAGUAUAUUAAAAAGCUUCAGGACUAUGUUAAUGAACAAACAGAAAAUGUGUCUAAGCAAGCCAAGAUGCAAGCCAGAAAGCAGUACAUUUCCUCGAUCCGGGAAUUACUGACAGAAUUCUGUAAGAAAGUGGAAGCCGAGUUGUCCAAAUUGCCUCAGCAAAUAGAAGAUGACCUGAAGACAGGGUACAAGGGUUUUGUUAAAAAGAUGGAGACGCAUCUUCUCCCGGGGCUCACGAUACCUCCGGAUACGCCGCUCAAGACCGCAGCCUCAACUGUCAAGUCCAAGAUGACUAGUUUCAUGGAGCAGUUACAGAAUCAAGAGGAUUUCAAAAAAUCAUUCGAGACGGUAAAGCCGUCCCACAACGCUCUUCUCGAGUUACUUCAACAACUUCACGACUCCGAACAUUUCGGCCACCUGGUGCCGCCCAAGGUCCAAGCAUUGCGUGACGGCCUCAGUGAGCUGUUGCCUAAGCAGUAUAAGGAAGAGUCCCAACCCAUGUUGGACACUUUGAAAAAAGGAUAUUACGCUUUUGCCGGUGAGGUAAAUAAAGCCUAUUUAAACGUAUACGAGGCAGCCACGCCAAUAGAGAAAUGGGUGACUGAGGACUCUGAGUCUCAAACAUCCCAGCUGACACCGGACGGUAAAAGGUGCGCCAAAGCCUGUCUCAGCAUUGUGCCCACAUUAUUUACCGCUUUAACUGAGCUCAAGAGUGGGCUUGAGAAGAAGAAUGGUAAGCGGAAAACAUAUAAGAUAUAUGACCUCAAAGGCUCUGCUCAUAGUUUGCGUAACCUUUUCUUUGCCGACAACGGGUACGAUACUGAUCUCCCUGACGGCGCGGAGCACGGCGAGUUAAAUCACAAGGCAGACUUCAAGGGUGAACAGAUAUAUGAGCAUCUUGUCAACACCAACUAUAAACUUUUUAGUCUUCCUUCAUCCUCCGCUACCGGCGCUAUCUCAGGUGAGCCAACAUUCGAAUUCACCGAUGAGAACGGCGUGUUGUCUCAGCUUCACAACUACCUUAAAUUAUACUUUAAUGUUUGCCACACCAUUCACAUUGACAAACCCAGAACCCCGUGUAAUAUUUAUGAGAUGCUACUUUGGUGCUCCGGUCUGCAGUUCAAUUCCGUGUAUCAUCCACUUUUAGAUCACGUUCGCACCCUAUUCCCGGUGGAUGAUGAAUCGCAGCCGCCUCAAAAAAUACUUCAGCCCAUUGUAGCAUAUCCACAUAACUUCACACGUGAGGACGCAUGUAGCGCAAUUGAGCACGUAUCCGAGAACGCUUACUUACUCCUAACCGGCAUACUCGGCACCGGCGACGCAGAGUGCAACUAUGCAUCUGACUUCUCUACCAACUUCCUUAAAUUAAAGUAUCCCUCCAGAGGUGAGGACUGUUUGCAUACGUUACUAGAUAUACUUCGUAGAUUGUUCCCAGCUCUCCAGUUCCUACAGAGCAAGUGCAGUCAGCCAGCAACAGACUUUGGUUGGGGCGAUUGCCUGUACGGUAAAGGCGUCCCAACUGCCAAAACAGAAUGCGAUGAGCACAGUACAGAUGAGUCGACUUGCUUACCAAGUUCACCGCUGAUGUCUUUCCUUGGUGACUCUCUCCCCGGGCACCUGCCGCACCAGGUCAGCAGUGUUGGCUGCAAAUCUAUAUGUUCGACGUGCCCCAACAGCGGACCUGGUGUACCAUGUAUGACACCGCUAGGCUUCAGAGCAUUCUCAGGUUCCACCAAAAAAGGCCGUGACAUUUGCGACAUCAUUAGAGAAUUCCUAGGUAACGAGUACAUUCCAGCCCUAUUUAGCCUCGUUCCUAAGCCGCCGUUCACAUUGCCUGAACACUUCAGUUUCACGCUGUCCUUAGUUAAAGGUUGGCAUAAAACCAAAACACAAACCAGAAGCCUGAUCAAACAGUCAGUUGAAUCAUCAAUCAACGACAUGUCCAUCGCACUAUGUGAAGACCCAAGCAACCUUACGGAUGCGCUCACUGACGCAUACGGCGCUGAUUGCAGUAAAUGCGAGCAUGCUCACGUUACUAAUCUUACAUCCUCAGGUUACUGUGGUAUUAGAGAGAAAGACGUUGCCUGCGCCCCUUACCUAUCGUCACUCUCUUCGGCUGUAUAUCGCUACAUGGCGGAGAAACACGGCAAGUUGUAUCUGUCGUGGGCCAUUUACCUGCCAUGGUCAUUCCAUAAUUAUUUGCGUGAAUUACUCGAAGCCUUCACUGCCAUAUUCUGCGAGGACUGGGGAUGCCGCUCAUGCUUACAGAGCAGCAAUUGCAGGCGCGGCAAGCAUGGACUCAGCGAAAAGAAGGAUGGUGAAGAUGCAAAGCCUCAUUGCCAAUGCACUUCCAUUGCGAAAUGCAAAGGCGUCACGCCAACUUUUUACCAUUAUGGAUUUAUCAUCCCUGAUGCAUGGACGUUACAUGAAGAGGGCACACGAAAAACAUGCUCCAAUUUCUACGACGAAUUAAAGAAUAUCGUUGAAUCGAAAUAUUUCACGAAGCUGUUCGAGGCGUGUGAUGAUUUCCUGAAAGAAAUCAGAUGGCCUUUUAUGUUAACGUUGUUAGCCCUCUGGUCGCUGUCGCUCCUGUACCUGCUGCACAUCGCCGUCGUCCGCCUCGACGUCCUGAGGAUACGCUCACACCUGAGAUCACCCUCAAGCCACCGCAUCGCCGCGCAGUCGCUCCUCGCCGCCGCACGCGUCAAGGCACUCGCCAACGUCAAGUACUUCUCACCAUAA